AUGGCUGUGAUGGAGCCAGCUCAGAUGCCGGUGACUUUCGAGGAGGUGGCUGUGUAUUUCACCCAGGGGCAGGGGGCUCUGCUGGACCCCGUUCAGAGAUCCCUCUACAGGGACGUCAUGCAGGAGAACUACGAGAUGGUGACCUCGCUGGGAUUCCCCCUUCUCAAACCUGACCUGAUCAGCCGGCUGGAACGAGGGGAAGAGCCGUGGGUGCCCGAUCUCCAGUCCUGUGAGGGAAGAGAGAUCCCGAGAGGCUCCCACACAGAUGGGCCCUUCUUCCAGGAGACAGGGAAGGAAAAUGGCUGUGAUGGAGCCAGCUCAGCGGGAUUGGGGCUGGGGCAGCAGGUGCUGAGUGGGGGACUCUUGUUGUCUCAGGUGCCGGUGACCUUCGAGGAGGUGGCUGUGUAUUUCACCGAGAGGCAGGGGGCUCUGCUGGACCCCGCUCAGAGAGCCCUCUACAGGGAUGUCAUGCAGGAGAACUACGAGACGGUGAUCUCGCUGGGAUUCCCCCUUCCCAAACCAGACCUGAUCACCCGGCUGGAACGAGGGGAAGAGCCGUGGGUGCCUGAUCUCCAGGCCUGUGAAGAAAGAGAGAUCCCAAGAGGCUCCCACACAGCAGAUGAUGAGAGCAGAAAGCACACAGGAGAGAGACCUCAUAAGUGCUUAGACUGUGGAAAAAGUUUCAUAGAGAGUUCAGGCCUUGCUAAACAUCAGGCCAUCCACACAGGAGAGAAAUCCCAUAAGUGCUUAGACUGUGGAAAAAGUUUCACACAAAGAUCAAAUCUUAUGGCACACCGGAAAAUACAUACUGGAGACAGACCCCAUAAGUGUUUAGACUGUGGAAAAAGUUUCAUACAGAGGUCAGCCCUUGUCAAACAUCAGGCAAUCCACACUGGAGAGAGACCCCACAAGUGCUUAGACUGUGGAAAAAGUUUCAGACACAGGUCAACCCUUCUUAAACAUCAGGCCAUCCACACAGGAGAGAAAUCCCAUAAGUGUUUGGACUGUGGGAAAAGUUUCACACAAAGAGCAAAUCUUAUGGCACACCGGAAAAUACAUACUGGAGACAGACCCCAUAAGUGUUUAGACUGUGGAAAAAGUUUCAUACAGAGGUCAAACCUUCGUAAACAUCAGGCAAUCCACAGUGGAGAAAGACCUCAUAAGUGCUUAGACUGUGGGAAAAGUUUCAUACGGAGAUCAACCCUUCUUAUUCAUCAGGCAGUCCAUACCGGAGAGAGACUCCAUACGUGCUUAAUCUGUGGGAAAAGUUUCAUACGGAAGUCAGACCUUGUUAAACAUCAGGCAAUCCACACCGGAGAGAGACCCCAUAAGUGCUUAGACUGUGAAAAAAGUUUUAUACGGAGAUCAAACCUUCUUAUACAUCAGGCAAUCCACACAGGAGAGAGACCCCAUAAGUGUUUGGACUGUGCGAAAAGUUUCGUACGGAGGUCCGACCUUCUUUCACAUCAGAGAAUCCACACAGGAGAGAGACCCCAUAAGUGCUUGAUCUGUGGGAAAAGUUUCAUACAGAGCACAGGCAACCAUGCAGAGUCCAUCAUCACAGGAGAUCACGCAGUCCCCGAUUCGCAGGUGAGCUCCAGCGUGGUCUGA